UCAUUUGCAGCACACGGCUCGUCCUUUUACUCCGACCGUCUCUCAUUCAGACCUGCAGACCUGCACCAAGAAGCAGCUACACGAUCUCUAAUACCUCACAAAGAUGUUCCGUCUCCCGACCAUCAUGAAGCAGGUGCGGCCCGUGUGCCGUGCGCUCGCCCCUCACCUCACCCGAUCCUACGCCAAAGACGUGAAGUUCGGAGCUGAAGCUCGAGCUCUGAUGCUGCAGGGAGUCGACCUGCUGGCCGACGCUGUGGCCGUCACCAUGGGCCCCAAGGGUCGCAACGUGAUCAUCGAGCAGAGCUGGGGCAGCCCGAAGGUCACGAAGGACGGCGUGACGGUGGCCAAGAGCAUCGACCUGAAGGACAGGUACCAGAACAUCGGAGCCAAGCUGGUGCAGGACGUGGCCAACAACACCAACGAGGAGGCUGGCGACGGCACCACCACCGCCACCGUGCUCGCCCGCGCCAUCGCCAAGGAGGGCUUCGACAUCAUCAGCAAGGGAGCCAACCCCGUGGAGAUCCGCAGAGGAGUCAUGAUGGCCGUGGAGACCGUCAUCAAGGAGCUGAAGAACCUCUCCAGGCCGGUCACCACGCCCGAGGAGAUCGCACAGGUUGCCACAAUCUCAGCCAACGGAGACGUGGAGAUCGGUACCAUCAUCUCUAACGCCAUGAAGAAAGUCGGCCGCAAGGGAGUCAUCACUGUCAAGGACGGGAAGACCCUGCACGACGAGCUGGAGAUCAUCGAGGGAAUGAAGUUUGACCGCGGAUACAUCUCCCCUUACUUCAUCAACUCUGCCAAAGGUCAGAAGUGUGAGUUCCAGGACGCCUACAUCCUGCUGAGCGAGAAGAAGAUCUCCACCGUGCAGAGCAUCGUUCCCGCUCUGGAGCUCGCCAACCAGAACCGCAAACCUCUGGUGAUCGUGGCCGAGGACGUGGACGGAGAGGCGCUCAGCACCCUGGUGCUCAACAGGCUGAAGGUGGGGCUCCAGGUUGUGGCUGUUAAGGCUCCAGGGUUCGGAGACAACAGGAAGAACCAGUUGAGGGACAUGGCCGUCGCCACCGGAGGAACCGUGUUUGGAGACGAUGCUGUGGGUCUGGCUCUGGAGGACAUCCAGGCUCAUGACUUCGGUAAGGUGGGCGAGGUUCAGAUCACCAAAGACGACUGCCUGCUGCUGAAGGGCGGCGGCAGCAUCGCUGACGUAGACAGACGAGCAGCUGAGAUCAUCGAGCAGCUGGAGAACUGCACCAGCGACUACGAGAAGGAGAAGCUCAACGAGAGGCUCGCCAAGCUCUCUGACGGAGUGGCCGUGCUCAAGAUUGGAGGAACGAGUGACGUGGAGGUGAACGAGAAGAAGGACCGUGUGACGGACGCUCUGAACGCCACGCGGGCGGCGGUGGAGGAGGGCAUCGUGCCGGGCGGCGGCUGCGCUCUGCUGCGCUGCAUCCCAUGCCUGGACUCCAUCCCCACGGCCAACGCUGACCAGAAGAUCGGUGUGGAGAUCAUCCGACGGGCGCUGCGUAUCCCCGCUAUGACCAUCGCGAAGAACGCCGGUGUGGAGGGCGCUCUGGUGGUGGAGAAGAUCCUGCAGUUGGGAGGCGAGAUCGGAUACGACGCCAUGCUGGGAGAGUACGUCAACAUGGUGGAGAAGGGCAUCAUCGACCCCACCAAGGUGGUGAGGACGGCGCUGCUGGACGCUGCAGGAGUCGCUUCUCUGCUCUCCACCGCUGAGUGCGUGGUGACGGAAAUCCCCAAGGAGGAGAAGGAGAUGUCCGGAGGAAUGGGAGGCAUGGGAGGAAUGGGAGGCAUGGGAGGAAUGGGAGGUGGUUUCUAAAGCCUGCCCUCCUAGCUGUACAGACUAAUACAGGCAGAGCGGUGCAGGGUGGGGGCUUAGAGGGAGAAAACCCUCUGAGAAAACUGCACCCACCCCCACCAGACUUUGUCCAAACUGACUGGCCAUGAGUGUAUGUUGGAGCCCUCCCCGAAUUUCCACAAAUCACACGAUUCUGCCUCUGGAGGAGUCCAAAACACGACAUGAGGAUGAAGUUACUACACCUCCACUCCACUGUAAUGGCUACAACAGAAAGAUUAUACGCAUUUAUAAAGUCCAUAGUGUUGAUGCUCUGUUAGCGCUAAGAGAAACGAUGCCUAGCCAUGAUUGUGUCAGUUAUCUUUGUCAUAGUAUUUUGUUAAUUCUUGUUUUUUUUUUAUUAUAUAUAUCUGUUGUUUCUGUUCCCCCCCCCCUAGCUAACAUUAUGUGAUUUAAUUAAACCCAUUUUCAUACAGAGCUUUUUCUGUGAUUUUUUUUUUUUCUUCCGUACAGUAAGGUGACGAGUGCCUAAAUUCCCAGUUUAAGAAACAAAGUAAUGUUUACGCAGAUGUGUGCAAGUCAUUUUCAUGCAUGUGAGUUUAUGUUCCUGUAUGUUGUUGCUGACUUAAAGUGAGAGGAAGUGGGAUCGAGUUACAAAGUCUAAAUGUGAAAUGCUGUGUGUCUUUGUGCUGUUGAACAUUGGCCUUCAUUUCUCCUCUCAUGCGCUCUGCUUUAACGUCAAGUCACAUCCAGAAAACUAUACAUACAUUAAAUACUUUAUUUCCUGUGUGAAAACGGCAUAUAGCAGUGCUCACUCAACUUCUGUUUUGUACAAUGUAGACUAUGAUUAAUGGUGAUUUUCUUUCCUUUUUUUUAUUUAAUAAAGUCAAUUGUUCAGA